AUGGCCACUCUCUAUGUGUCCCCUCACCCCGACGACUUCAGAAGUCUCCUGAGUCUUAUUGCUGCGGAGUUCUGUCCAUCAUCUCGUCCUCGAGUCAUCACAGAGGAUCCACCAGCUUCCCUUAAUGCCCGCUCCAGACCAGCUCUGGUUCUAGCUGCUGCUGGGGAUGGGGACUCUGUCCUGAGCGGGGCCAGUGCCGUUGCAUGGUACCUGGCUUUUCAGGGGAAGAGGGCUGGGCUGGACUCAAAGCAGCAGAGCCAAGUGUGGCAGUGGCUCAGCUUUGCAGACAAUGAGCUCACCCCAGUUUCCUGUGCUGUUGUCUUCCCGUUGAUGGGAGUGAUGGGUGUGGAUAAAAAGCUCCAGCAGAGUUCCCGGGCAGAACUUAUGCGGGUUCUAAAGGUUCUCGAUCAGGCCUUGGCGCCAAGAACCUACCUGGUGGGGGAGAGCCUAACUCUGGCUGAUAUGGCUGUAGCUACAUCUGUUCUUCUACCUUUCAAAUAUGCGUUAGAGCCUUCAGACAGGAAGGCAGUGACCAACGUGACGAGGUGGUUCACAACCUGCAUUAACCAGCCACAGUUCCUGAAGGUGCUGGGAGAGAUCGCUCUCUGUGAGAAGGUGGGACCAGUAACACCUUCACCAAGUGCUGCUGGAAAAGCUACCAACGCUGGUGCAGCUGUGGACUCCAACAGCUCCACAAUUAAUGGUCCACCAAAGACGGAGGCGCAGCUGAAAAAGGAAGCAAAGAAGAGGGAAAAACUGGAAAAGUUUCAACAGAAGAAGGAAAUGGAGGCAAAGAAAAAGACGCAGCCUCCAGCAGAGAAAAAGGCAAAACCUGAGAAGAAAGAACUUGGAGUGAUUACAUAUAACAUUCCUACAAACCCUGGAGAAAAAAAAGACGUCAUCAGUGCUCUUCCAGACUCCUACAGCCCUCAGUAUGUGGAGGCUGCUUGGUAUCCAUGGUGGGAGAAGCAGGGCUUUUUCAAACCGGAGUAUGGUAGGAAAAGUAUCAGUGAGCCAAACCCUCGUGGGAUCUUCAUGAUGUGCAUCCCUCCUCCAAACGUGACAGGAUCUCUCCAUCUGGGUCACGCUCUCACCAAUGCCAUUCAGGAUUGUCUGACCAGAUGGCACAGGAUGCGGGGGGAAACCACCCUGUGGAACCCGGGCUGCGACCAUGCUGGCAUCGCAACACAAGUGGUGGUGGAGAAGAAGCUGAAGAGGGAGAGGGGUCUGAGCCGCCAUGAUCUGGGCAGGGACAACUUCAUCCAGGAAGUUUGGAAAUGGAAGAACGAGAAGGGAGACCGUAUUUACCACCAGCUGAAGAAGCUGGGGUCCUCUCUGGACUGGGAUAGAGCGUGCUUUACCAUGGAUCAGAAGCUGUCCUACGCGGUGCAGGAAGCCUUCAUCCGUAUGCACGAUGAGGGGGUGAUUUACAGAAGCAAGCGGCUCGUCAACUGGUCCUGCACCCUGAACUCCGCCAUAUCUGACAUAGAGGUGGAUAAGAAGGAGCUCAGCGGCAGAACUCUGCUCCCUGUGCCUGGCUACAAGGAAAAAGUAGAGUUCGGAGUCUUGGUGUCCUUUGCUUACAAGGUGGAUGGAUCAGAUGAGGAGGUGAUCGUGGCCACGACCCGUAUUGAGACGAUGUUGGGAGACACGGCUGUGGCUGUCCACCCGGCGGACCCCAGAUACCAGCAUCUGAAGGGGAAAAUGGUGCUGCAUCCCUUCUGUGAGCGCAAGAUGCCAAUUGUCUUUGACGACUUUGUGGACAUGAAUUUUGGAACAGGUGCUGUCAAAAUCACCCCAGCUCAUGACCAUAAUGACUACGAGGUCGGAGAGAGGCACAGUCUGGCCUUCAUCAACAUCUUGGAUGAAAAUGGGCUUCUCAUUAAUGUGCCUCCUCCCUUCCUGGGCAUGAAGCGUUUUGAGGCCAGAACAGCCGUCCUUCAGGCGCUCAAGGACAGAGGCCAGUUUAAAGAGAUCAAAGACAACCCCAUGGUUGUUCCAGUCUGCAGCCGUUCAAAGGACAUUGUAGAGCCGCUGCUUAAGCCUCAGUGGUACGUGAAUUGCAGAGAUAUGGGCAAAGAGGCUGCAGACGCUGUGAGAGAAGGCAGACUCAAGAUCAUCCCCGAUCACCACCUGAAGACUUGGUUCAACUGGAUGGACAACAUUAGGGACUGGUGUAUUUCCCGGCAGCUGUGGUGGGGUCACCGUAUUCCUGCCUAUUUCGUUACUGUAAACGAUCCUGCUGUAAAACCUGGUGAGGACAUGGAUGGUCAUUACUGGGUGAGUGGCAGAUCAGAAGAGGAGGCCAAAGAUAAAGCAGCAAAACGCUUCAACGUGUCUGUGGAUAAAAUUUCUCUCAGACAGGAUGAGGACGUUCUGGACACUUGGUUCUCGUCUGGCAUUUUCCCCUUCUCUAUUUUCGGAUGGCCUAAUGAGACCCAGGACCUGAAUGUGUUCUACCCCGGCACCUUGCUGGAGACAGGUCACGACAUCCUGUUCUUCUGGGUGGCCCGCAUGGUGAUGAUGGGUCUCAAACUGACGGGCAAAUUGCCUUUCAAAGAGGUCUAUCUGCACGCUGUGGUGCGGGACGCUCAUGGAAGGAAGAUGAGCAAGUCGCUGGGGAACGUCAUUGACCCGCUGGACGUCAUUACAGGGAUCUCUCUAGAGGGUCUUCACGCCCAGCUGAUGGACAGUAACCUGGAUCCUGUAGAGGUGGAGAAGGCAAAGCAAGGUCAGAAGUCGGACUAUCCAAACGGCAUCCCAGAGUGUGGGACUGAUGCUCUCCGGUUUGCUUUGUGUGCCUACACCAGCCAAGGAAGGGACAUAAACCUGGAUGUAAACCGCAUCCUGGGCUACCGUCAUUUCUGCAACAAGCUUUGGAAUGCUGUGAAGUUUGCUAUGAAAACGCUUGGAGAAAACUUUGUUCCAUCAGAGAUGGCCCAGCUGUCAGGAGAGGAGAGCGUGUCGGACCGGUGGAUCCUGUCCAGACUGAGUGCUGCUGUGGCUCUCUGUGAAGCUGGCUUCAAGGCCUACGACUUUCCUGGCAUCACCACGUCCAUCUAUAACUUUUGGCUCUAUGAGCUUUGUGAUGUCUACCUGGAAAGUGUGAAACCAGUGUUUAUUAAAGCGGAUGAAGACAGCGCCGCCCAGAGGCAAGCCGAAGUGUGCAGGCAGACACUUUACACCUGUUUAGACGUGGGUUUGCGACUUCUUUCCCCCAUAAUGCCGUUCGUCACUGAAGAACUCUACCAGAGAUUACCUAGACGAAAACCUCAAACUGAUCCGCCCAGCAUCUGUGUGACGUCCUACCCGGACACAGCGGAGUUUUCCUGGAACAGCGAGGAGGUCGACCGUGAUAUGGAGUUCAGCAUGACUGUGGUCAAGACGAUCCGAUCUCUCAGGGCCGACUACAACCUGACAAAGACCAGAGCCGACUGCUACCUCCAGUGCAUAGAUGCUGCAACCGUGUCUCUGGUGCAGAAAUACAACCUGCAGAUUCAGACCUUGUCUUAUUCUCAGGCCGUCAUCCCUCUGACAGCCAACCAGCCGGUCCCAGAAGGCUGCGCUGUGGCUAUCGCCUCUGACAGAUGUACUGUCAACCUUAUGCUCAAGGGCCUCAUCGAUGUAGAGAAGGAAGUGACUAAGCUGAUGACAAAGAAAGGCGACUUGGAGAAGCAGAUGGAGAAACUGAGAGAGAAGAUGGCAAAGAGUGAUUACAAGGAGAAGGUGCCAGCAAAGGUUCAGGAGCAGGAUGCUGAGAAGCUACGCCAGAGCCAAACAGAGCUUGAGAAAGUGAAAGAAGCCAUAGAAAACUUCAAGAAAAUGAUGUAACUUUCCACUUUAUGUGAACCGGGAUUGUUUUGUUUUUUUCAUGUCAUUGUGGUUUUUCAAACAAAAAUGUAGUAUGGAAGGGAAUAAAUGAAGCUCUUAAAAAUAAACAGGA